UAAAAGCGCUAGUUGGCGUCACAAUUCAUCAGUUUUGCUCUUGAUGGUCUCUUAGUUUUAAAGGAUGUGGGGUGGUAUUAACAUCAGCAGCUGGGGGCUGCUGGUGGUGACUUUACUUUUGUUCAGUGAUGUGUUUGCGAGGGUUAUUAAUGACAUGGAAGGGGCUGCAGCGGAGCCCCGACCAGUUUUUGUUGAACUUCCCAAACAUCCAGUGAGUCUUCCUCUUGUGUAUGAAGUGGGUACUCCCUUAUCGGAUGCUAGUGAAAAAGUUGAGAAAGUUCUUAGAACCCCUUUGGCCUUUUCAUACAAUAAGAGAAAGAAACAGAAACCAAACGUGGAUUCUAAACCCGACGAGACCAUCGUAGAGUUUUACGGACAGAAAAGAUUGAUUGGGGAUGAAAAAGGACGCUCGAGUUUAGAGUAUGAUGACACAGAGGGCGGCGCAGGGGACGCGGGGGAAACUACUAAACAGUUGGAGGACUACGUCAGAAAAACUAAUCGUAAAGAUGAGGAAGAUUUGGUAGAGAAGGCCAAAGCCAUUGCGGAUAAUGUUAAGAGCCAUUUUUUUGAAGUUGAGGACAAAAAUCAGGAUCAUGAUGGGCAUGAAGAAGUACAUGAAGAUGCGGAUGUGUAUCAAGGGAAAGUUGGGAGGGUUAUUGAGGAGAAUUCUCCUGAAGAAGAGGAAGAAAGGAAAAAGAAAGUAAAAAGGAGGAGGAAGAAUCGUAAUGGCAAAUUGAAGAAACGUAGAAAUAAGAAAGUGUUUAAUGAAAAUGAAGAAGAUACACAAGAUAAAGAAAGUAAAGAUGUACAAGCGAUACAAGAAAGUGCUUCUGAAGGACAUGAAGAUAUUGAAAGUGAUCAUAGUGCAUAUUAUCAUGGAGGAGGUGGCGGCGGUCACGGACACGGCCAUGAAGGUGGCGGUGGAAGCCAUGGUCAUGGAGGCGGUGGUGGACAUGGACAUGGAGGAGGAGGUGGUGGACAUGGGCACGGAGGAGGAGGAGGAGGUGGCGGAGGUGGACAUGGACAUGGAGGAGCAGGGGGAGGAGGAGGAGCACAUGGGCAUGGAGGAGGAGGAGGUGGACAUGGAGGUGGAGGAGGUGGACAUGGAGGUGGAGGUGGCGGUGGGGGCCAUGGUGGUAAUGGAAAAUUUGAAAAAGGAGGUGGUAAAAAACACAGUUCCGAGCAUCAUGGGAGUCAUGGUGAAAAAGGUGAUAAAGGUUAUAAAGGUCACCACCAUUACGACAAGGGAGAGAAAGGGCAUCACGAUAAAGAAGCACAUAAAGGCAAAUACAAAGACGAAGGAGGAUCUUCAAAGAAACAUCAUGAAGAAGCUGGGCAUUUUGGGGAACAUUCUAAAGGAGAGAAGGGAGAAAAGGGCGCUAAAUAUUACGAAGAUGGAAAACAUAGCAAGGGUCAUAGUACCAAGGGAGAGCAUAAUGUUCACAAAAAGGAUGAAUAUGAGAAAAAACAAGAAUUUUACGAUGAACAUCAUGAAGGUGGAGAACAUGAAAAACAUGGAGGAUUCCAUGAUGACCAUCAUUACGAAAAGGGUGGACACGAAAAAGGUGGUCACAAAAAAGGCGGUCAUCAUGAAGAUCACUAUGGAAAGAAAGGCCAUCAUGAAAAAGGAAGCCAUCAUCAUGAAGACAAAGGACACAAGAAAGCUGGAGGUCAUGAUGUUCAUCAUGAUCAUGUUGAUAAACAUGCAAAGAAAGUAGAUAAGAAAGGAGGGAAGAAAUGGAGCUUCAAAAAGAGUUCGGGAACUGGUGGCGGUGGAGGAGGUGGCGGCGGGGGUCAUGGCCAUGGAGGUGGCGGCGGUCAUGGACACGGAGGCGGCGGCAGCGGCGGCGGUGGUCAUGGACAUGGAGGAGGUGGCGGCGGCGGUCACGGUCAUGGACACGGAGGAGGAGGUGGCGGCGGCGGCGGUCACGGUCAUGGACACGGAGGAGGUGGCGGUGGACACGGUCACGGAAGCGGAGGUGGUGGUAGCGGCCACGGACAUGGACACGGAGGUGGUGGCGGUGGCCACGGACAUGGCCACGGAGGAGGAGGGGGAGGCGGAGGCCAUGGUCACGGACAUGGUGGCGGCGGAGGCCACAGUCAUGGGCAUGGAGGCGGAGGUGGUGGUGGUGGCCACGGACAUGGACACAAGCAUGGUGGCGGCGGCGGUGGCCACGGCCAUGGACACGGAGGAGGGGGUGGAGGCGGUGGCGGCGGAGGACAUGGGCAUGGAGGCGGAGGUGGUGGCGGCGGCCAUGGACAUGGAGGAGGAGGCGGUGGCCACGGUCAUGGAGGUAAAAGUGGUGGCGGUCACGGUUAUUCUGUUCAUGAAAAAGGUAAUGUCGGAGCAGGCGGAGGUCAUUGGGGCAGUAAACAUCAUGGAGGAGGAGGUGGAGGUGGUGGCGGUGGUCAUCAUCACCAUUCUGCUCAUUUGGAAGCUCUUGAUCGCAUUAGCGAUGAUAGAGAACAUGAUGAAAGUCAUGCUGAUGAACAUGUGGAAGUUGAGAGCGAUGUUGCUAUUGUUCCUGACGAAAAUUUGGAUGAUGACGGUCAUGAGAUUGUUCAAGAAAACGACCAUGAGGGUCAUGUUAGUGAUCACUUAGAUGAAGAUCACAGCGAAAGUGUUAGUCAAGAAGCAGAAGUUGAUAAAGAAAAUACCAACGAAGAUUUAGGAGCUCAUGUUAACGAACCUUUAGAUGAACCUUUAGAAGAUCAUGCCAACGAAACUUUAGAAGAUCAUAGCGAUGUUGAAGUAGAGCACGAAGAAGAAGUUGAAGAAAGCUAAGUAGAGAAUUAGGUGCCUGAAAAUUGUUAUUCUAGUUGUAAACAAUGUGUAUAUUUAAUGACUUGUAAAUUUAAUAUAGGUGUUAUGUCGUUGUUAUUAUAUUUUAUAUUAAAUUGUAUUA